AUGUCUGGAGGGUCUUGUUUUCUUAAGAGAGGGCAGUACGAGAACGCGAUAGUGAGCGCGCUCGCUGUAAUAGGCAUCCGGGCCGAUGGUGGCUGGAUGGAUAUUACCGACUAUAUAAUAAAGUAUUCGGCGAUCAUUAAAGUAGCACGUAUGUUAGUCGUUUAUAAGGCAUAUACGCAGAGGCAAUACGAUGUCGCUCGUCAGGCCGCUACGACGGACGAGGGGGCGGCCGAUGAUGGCAUAGAGAGUCUCUUUGUCUACGUCCGUCGCAUGGUACAGAGGUUCAUGACGCGUACGCCCGGGGCCCCCCAAGCCGAGCCAACACCGAUGGAUUGGAUUCUCGAGACGCGGACGUAUGGCAUGCACAUACAGUAUAACACGCCGGCAGACGGCGUAAUCGACUGGGUAGGCGACCGCAUAUCGUAUCGGCGCGUACGGUUUACCAUGGACCAGUUAUCGGACAUGCUCCACGGCGUCGUCGACGAGGCCAGGCUGCUAUUAGCGCAGCUCACGAUGGUCACAGGCGGGGACGAGCAGGGCGACGCAGUGUCGGACAGCAGCCAGGCGAGGAGCUGUCUAGACGAAGCGCUGCCGCGUAUUCACUGGCCGUCGAUCGAGGACGACCAUAGCGAGACCCGAGAGGGUUACUCGUUUCUAUACGACGACCGCAACGCGUGGCUGAGGGAAGGGGACGGGGGGCCAGCCGGGACGGGCGACGGAGAUGGGUAG